CUGGUGAUCGCAGGCAGCAGCAAAGCCCCUACAAGACGGAUGAUUUAGACCAAAAAAAAAACUGCUGCACCAACCCUGUUUCUUUUAUUAUACUGAAGAGUCUGGCUGUAAACACUGCCGCCCUCUUUGUGACAGUGUGAAGCGGAUACCAGGCUACCUGUGUGCGGAUUCACCAUGGGGCUCAAGGCUGCCCUCCCCAGAUAUGAGCUGUAUCUGUACACAGCUGUACUCGGCGUGGCCUUGAUAUGGGCAGGCAGUUGGAUAUUAGAAGCUUCGAGCGAGAAUGUAAACAGAACGGCUUUCAAAGAAAGUGUGAAACCAGGAUGGCAUUACUUUGGCAGGAAAAUGGAUGUGGCGGACUUUGAAUGGAUGAUGUGGUUCUCAACAUUCCGCAAUCAUAUCCUUUUCGCUCUCAUCGGUCAUGUGAUCUUUGCCAAGAUAUUCACCCUGAUAGCUCCAAAGCACAGAUCCUUUAUAUUUGGUGUGUAUGGUGGUUUGGCAGUCCUGGUGACGAUGGGCUGGACCUUCAUGGCUCUGGUUCUGUCUCACUGCAUCAUCCUCUACAGUGUUGCUCUGGUCAAGAGGAAAUGGUUGUGCUUUGGAGCCGGCCUCACCACACUGGCCUCCAUCAAGUUGGAGCCUUAUAACUCCUGGCAGGAAACCUUGGUGACUGGUUCCUUUGACCUGCAAGACAUCCUGUUCUAUGGAGGCUGCGGCUUCACCAUCAUGCGCUGUAUGAGCUUUGCUUUAGAGAACUGCGAUAAGAAGGAUGGCAGCUUCACAUUCUGCGACCUCCUGACAUACAACUUCUACCUCCCCUUCUUCUUCUUCGGACCCAUCAUGACCUUCGACAAGUAUCAUGCCCAGGCCAACAACACCCAGCUGACCCGCAAAGAGAGGGAGAUGUGGAACAUCACCAUCAAGGCUGUGUUGCACCUGGGAGUUAUUUUGGUGGUGGACGUCUUCUUCCACUAUCUUUACAUCCUGACAAUCCCCAACGACAUGAAGUUGGCCUCCAGGCUGUCCGACUGGUGUCUGGCUGGCCUGGCUUAUUCCAACUUGGUGUAUGACUGGGUGAAAGCGGCUGCGAUGUUUGGUGUCAUCAACACUGUGGCUACAUUGGACCAUCUGGACCCUCCCCAGCCCCCGAAGUGUCUGACCAUGCUCUAUGUCUUCUCUGAAACGCACUUUGACAGAGGCAUCAACGACUGGCUGUGCAAGUAUGUUUAUGACUACAUUGGUGGGGAUCAUGACAAAAUCUUCAAAGAACUCAUAGCAACCAUCUGCACCUUCGCUGUCACCACCUUGUGGCUGGGUCCAUGUAAGCUGGUUUACAUCUGGUCCUUUUUCAACUGCUUUGGCCUCAACUUUGAGCUGUGGGUCGCCAAGUUCUUCUCCUUUCCACCAUUUUCUACCAUUGAGGGUAUUAUGGGUGAGGGUAUGUCACGCAGGAUCCGUGGUGUGUUCAACGCUGCCAACUUCUGGACCAUCAUCCUCUACAACAUUCUUUCCCUCAACAGUUUGGAGUUUGCCAAACUGGUGGGCAGGAGACUGAUUUUCAAAGGUUUCCCUCUGUCCACCCUCUCUGUGUUGCUUGUGACCUACUGCGGCGUGCAGCUGGUGAAGGAGAGGGAGCGACAGCAGGCCCUGCAGGACGAAGCUGAGGCGGCAAAGGCAGUCAAUGGCGUCAAAGAGAAAGCAGAGUAA